ACAAGGCUCCCUCAGCCUGUCCUCUGCUCCAGCUCCUGCCUGGUGGCUCCCUGAUGCACCGCCCAGGUUGGAUGUUAUUUUCCUUACUUCACCAGCUUUGCCCUUCCUCUUGGCCCCUCUGCAUCCGCUGGGACCACUUCCUUCCUUUCCCGUUUCUUUAGCUCCAGUCCACAGCUGUUGUAACAGAGGAUGCUAAUGGCCCAGGCUCCCUGGGGCCACCACCCCACUGUGUGGUAGUGGUGGGGGGUGGCCUGGGCUGGAGGAUGGGGGAAUUUGAGUGUUCAACCAGGAUAGGAAGGGAAAUGCUGAGCUCAGGGAUCCCCUCCCUUUUCCACCCCCAGCUGUCUCUGUUUUCCUCCCUCAUUCCCCUCUACCCUCCCUCAGCUUCCUGCUCCCUUUGGCCUGCCCAUGUCCUGUUUGGAUUGAUCUAGACCUCCUCUUAUCUCCCUCCUUUCCUCUCACUCCUCCGUCCUUCCCUCCCACACCCACUCCCACUUUACUCUUCCCCAGAUUACUAAUUGUUUGUAUGGGGCAGGGGGCCAUGGAGAGUUCUACCCCUGCAAGGGUUCUAGGUUGGGGCACUGGUGGGGGCUCAGCCCCUCAGAGCCUGUGAGUCAGCACUGUCCUCGGGAUUGGUCUCUCCCCUUAGCUCCCCGCCCCUGGGGAGGAGCCAGGCAGCUCUAGGUCCAGCCUGGUCUCUCUCCUCUCAGCCAGAGAAGAGGCUCCACGCUGGGCAUAGAUGGGGCCUGAAACUGUCUGGGUCUGAGCGGGGGAGCCAGAGCCACUCAUCCCUCUCCCUUCCCAGGACCCCUGAGAUCUCUGGGCCAUAGAGGUCCGAUCAGGCUAAGGGCCUGGGGAUGCCCCCUGCCUGGCCCCCUUGCCCUGACUGGCAGGGGGGCCGGGCUGGGCAGCAGCCUCCCUCUCACUCCAGCCAUGGAUCUCCUGCCCCCCAAGCCCAAGUACAACCCACUUCGGAAUGAGUCUCUGUCAUCGCUGGAGGAGGGGGCUUCAGGGUCCACCCCACCGGAGGAGCUGCCUUCCCCAUCAGCCUCAUCCCUGGGGCCCAUCCUGCCACCUCUGCCUGGAGACGAUAGUCCCACUACCCUGUGCUCCUUCUUCCCCCGGAUGAGCAACUUGAAGCUGGCCAAUCCGGCUGGGGGGCGCCCGGGGCCCAAGGGGGAGCCAGGAAGGGCAGCCGAGGAUGGGGAGGGGAUCUUAGGGGCAACCAUGCCGGACUCAGGCCCCCUGCCCCUCCUCCAGGACAUGAACAAGCUGAGUGGAGGCGGCGGGCGCAGGACUCGGGUGGAAGGGGGCCAGCUGGGGGGCGAGGAGUGGACCCGCCACGGGAGCUUUGUCAAUAAGCCCACGCGGGGCUGGCUGCAUCCCAACGACAAAGUCAUGGGACCGGGGGUUUCCUACUUGGUUCGGUACAUGGGCUGUGUGGAGGUCCUGCAGUCAAUGCGUGCCCUAGACUUCAACACCCGGACUCAGGUCACCAGGGAGGCCAUCAGUCUGGUGUGUGAGGCUGUGCCGGGUGCUAAGGGGGCCACAAGGAGGAGAAAGCCCUGUAGCCGCCCGCUCAGCUCCAUCCUGGGGAGGAGUAACCUGAAAUUUGCUGGAAUGCCAAUCACUCUCACCGUCUCCACCAGCAGCCUCAACCUCAUGGCCGCAGACUGCAAACAGAUCAUCGCCAACCACCACAUGCAAUCUAUCUCGUUUGCGUCCGGCGGGGACCCGGACACAGCCGAGUAUGUUGCCUAUGUUGCCAAAGACCCGGUCAAUCAGAGAGCCUGCCACAUCCUGGAGUGUCCCGAAGGGCUUGCUCAGGACGUCAUCAGCACCAUUGGCCAGGCCUUCGAGUUGCGCUUCAAACAAUACCUCAGGAACCCGCCCAAGCUGGUCACCCCCCAUGACAGGAUGACUGGCUUUGAUGGCUCAGCUUGGGAUGAGGAGGAGGAAGAGCCACCAGACCAUCAGUACUAUAAUGACUUUCCCGGGAAGGAACCCCCUCUUGGGGGGGUGGUGGACAUGAGGCUUCGGGAAGGAGCCCCCUCGGGGGCUGCUCGACCCACUCUGCCCAGUGCCCAGACCCCCAGCCACCUGGGAGCUACGCUGCCUGUGGGCCAGCCUGUUGGAGGAGACCAAGAAGUCCGCAAACAGAUGCCACCUCCACCAUCCUGCCCAGCAGGCAGAGAGCUCUUUGAUGAUCCCUCCUAUGUCAACGUCCAGAACCUCGACAAGGCCCGGCAAGCAGGGGGCGGGGCUGGGCCCCCCAAUCCUGCCAUCAAUGGCAGCGCGCCCCGAGACCUCUUCGACAUGAAGCCCUUUGAAGAUGCCCUUCGGGUGCCUCCACCUGCCCAGUCAGUGGCCAUGGCCGAGCAGCUCCGAGGGGAGCCCUGGUUCCAUGGGAAGCUGAGCCGGCGGGAGGCUGAGGCACUGCUGCAGCUCAAUGGAGACUUCCUGGUGCGGGAAAGCACGACCACACCUGGCCAGUAUGUGCUCACUGGCUUGCAGAGUGGGCAGCCCAAGCACCUGCUACUGGUGGACCCCGAGGGUGUGGUUCGCACAAAGGAUCACCGCUUUGAGAGUGUCAGUCACCUCAUCAGCUACCACAUGGACAAUCACUUGCCCAUCAUCUCUGCGGGCAGCGAACUGUGUCUACAGCAACCUGUGGAGCGGAAACUGUGAUCCUCCCCAGCGCUCUCUCCCAGAAGACACCCUUGCACCCUUUUCACCCUAUUCCCUGACUCUCAGGACCUCACUUGGGAGUGUUCUGUGGGCUUGGCCUUGUAUAGGAGCUGGGGGUAGUGUGGACAUGAGGGUCAGCAUCCAGCUGAGUGAGAGGGUUUGAGUCAGGAGCCUGGGGUAGAAUCCUGCUUCUUCCCCAACCUCACCAAAGUAUUAAUGUACAGAGUGGCCCCUUUCCCUGGGCCUUUCCUGUGCCAACCUGUUACCCCCUUCUCCAUGAAGGUGGGUGCUUGGGGCCUGGGUAUUGUGCCUCCUUGUAUGGAAAAUGUCCUGUGGUUAUAGGCCCAAUGGAGUAAUCACCCUUCCAGGGAAGGGGAAACGAAUCACACUUUUGCUCUACCCCUGGCUCAGGGUACCCCAGACCCCUCUCAACAACCCGGCCUCCCAGUGUUUAAACUUUGUGCCUUUGACCAUCUCCUAGGUCUGAAGAUAUUUUAUGCAAAGAGUUUUCGGGUCCCUGAGGUCAAGGACGGGUGCUGACACCUUCUUGGCCUCUGGGACCCUGUCCUCUCCUUGCUCAGCACCCCCUCCAUUUAGGCUGGGAGAACAGAGGCAGGAGUGGCGGCUGUCCCCUCUCCCUGGGGAUAGGCAACCCUUAGAGAUUGCCUCAGAGCCCCCUCCUGGCCAGGGGGGAGAUGGACCCCUCCCUUGCUCAGUGCCUCCUGGCCAGAGCCCCUCACCCCAGGGGUCUGUAUGUACAUUUUGUAAGCCCCACCCCUCCGUGUUGCAUGCAUGUUAUACUCUACAGCCAAAGCGUAGCCCUGCCUCCUGUGGCCCUGGCUCUGCUUCCCCCUGCUAGGGUGGGGGUGGGGGUCGGGGGAUGACUGAAUUUGGGCCUCCUGAACGGUUAACUCUCUCAGGUGGAUUGUGUGGCAGCGGGAAAAGGGGCAUUGAGACUCUAAAGCAGUAGACAAUCUCCAAAUACCAUCUGUAGAUUUGGAACUGCAUUUAUUUCUUAUUUUAUAUAAAAUAUAUAUGCAUAUAUUUUAGGGCUGUAGAUUUCCUUUCCUAAUUUGUUUUCCAUGGCUUAUUCUUGAGCACAAAAUGAUAAUAAUCGAUUACAUUUAUACAUCACGUCUUUGACUUUUCAAAGCCCUUUUACAACUAUGGGAUUUUCCUCACGCUAGCCUGUGAGGCAGUUUGGACCGGCAGCAUUAUCUUUUCUACAAGAGAGACCCGAGGGGGAGAGAGGUCGAUCAUGAGCUAGGACUAGAAAAACUUGGGCCUCUCACCGCGAGGCUGGGAGGCAGAAAUUUGGCUGAAUGUUAACAGUUUCACCAGGGGGAAACUGAAAACCUGCGGUUAUCGAGUACCUUCUACAGGCCGGGCUCUGCACGAGGCCUGGGUGGCCACAGCGACAGAGGAGCCGGCCUGCUCUGUCUCUAGGCCUUGUGGAGAAGGGAGAGUUGACUGUCUUAAUCCUCGCCUCCUCUUUUUUGUUUGGAUGUUUUCACGGGUCUCACUUAUACCAAAGGGAAAGAAUCUUAAUUAAAGUCCAUAUUUCUUCUACCUCGG